GCAGAAUAACAUUUGCGAUUCUGAACAUUGUAAGACAAAAUACCUAGAAAUUAAAAACGAGAAAUAUGUUUAAACUUCUAAUUAUCUUUGUGACUUUGUUGCCAGUAUCUUAUGCUCUCACUUGUUACCAAUGUGCAGAUUAUAAAAAGUGCGAAAGUGACAGUAGUACAUUUACUACAUGCCAAGGUGGUACUUGUUUUUAUGGCUAUUCGACAAAUUUAGGUAAAAAAGUUUUUGGUAGAGGCUGUACUUAUGGCAACCUUGGUAAUAGGUGCCUAACAGUUAAUAGUGUGUAUGUUUGUUACUGUAACACUGAUAGAUGCAAUGGACAAACUGAACAAAGUGAAAGUAGUGGAGGAGCUGGAGCUGUAACUUGUUACAGCUGUUCAAGUGCUAAUGACAUUGGCUGUGCAAGUGGUACAUCAACUUCGACGUGUCUAGGUGAAACUUGUUCUUAUUACUAUCAGAAGUCUGAAGGUAUAGAAACUGUUUUUAGAACCUGUGUACCAACAAAACAUAUUGGAGAGAGUAUAGGAGAGAGUGAAGGUGAUGGAGGAACGGAUGAUUCUGGAAAAAAGAAUACAAGUUCCAAAAUAGAAUGA